GACUUAGACCUAGACCUACAUAACAUACCUCCCUUUGGGUAACUUUCUACAUAUACUACACCUUUAUUUCUUACGUACAUCACACAUCGCACAUACACAAACCGCAAUAAUGUCUGGUCGCGCAGCACUUCGCCUUACCAGAGCUGCUGCUCCCCUUAUCUCCAGAACUCGCGCAUCUUCCUCCAUCACCAGAGCAUUCCCCGCAGCUCAACGGACAUUCAGCCAAUCCUCCGUCCGUCCUAGGAGUGACGUCGUACGCGAGACCGAAGUUCCCGUCUCCGUCUACUCUCCAGAUUCCACGGGCACUGCUGGUUCGACUAGCGAUCAUUUCAGUAUCCCCGUGAACCGCGACGAUGCGAAGCCGAAGCCAUUCCCUCCCACUGAGGACACCGAGGUCACCCCUCUCAACAAGACCGUCUACCGCUCAAUGCCGCCCACCAUGCAGAAAAUGAGCAUAAUGGACAAGGUUGUGAUUGUCACUGGAGGUGCUCGAGGUCUCGGAAACCACAUGGCCCGUGCAUGCGCCGAGGCUGGUGCUAAGGCGCUGGUGAUCUUCGAUGCCAACCAAGAAUUAGGAGACGAGGCUGCUGCUGAGCUUCACCAGAAGACCCAGCUUCCUGUUUCCUUUUUCAAGGUUGAUGUCCGUGACGGUGCUGCUAUCAAUGCCGCUGUUGAUGCGGUUGUUGAGACCUACGGCGCACCCGACGUCUUGAUCAACAGUGCCGGUAUCGCCGAUUCCAACAUCAAGGCCGAGACUUACGACCCAGCCAUGUUCCGCCGCUUGAUCGACAUCAACUUGACUGGUUCGUUCUUGAUGAGCCAGUCCGUUGGGCGAGCUAUGAUGGCUGCUGGCAAGCCUGGAUCCAUCGUUCUUGUUGCUAGCAUGAGCGGUAGCAUCGUUAACUACCCUCAAGAACAAUCUUGCUACAACGCUUCCAAGGCUGGUGUUAUCCAGUUCGGAAAGUCGCUUGCCGCCGAAUGGGCCAAGUACAACAUCCGUGUCAACUGCAUCUCUCCCGGUUACAUGGACACUGCCCUUAACCGCGUUCCCGCACUCGAGGCCCAGAAGAAGAUCUGGCGCUCGCUGACACCCCAGGCCCGCCUUGGCAAUGUCGACGACCUCAACGGCCUCUGCAUUUUCCUUGCUAGCGAUGCCAGCGGUUUCAUGACCGGUGCCAAUGUCGCCAUCGACGGCGGUUACACUUGCUACUAAGCUAGCCAGUGCCUGACUGCUUUUCAUUUCGACGAUGUCGAAACAACCAGUUUACGGCAUGGUGUGUACACAGAAUUGCGG